AUGGGCUCUCACGAGAAUCAUGUCGGGGCUGACACGACGACGACGCAGCCAGUGAACAACCCGGCCGCGCACAAGGACGAGACCCUGCCCGAUGCCAAAGCGCCAGCCGUUUCCUCAUCAGCCUCUUCUAUUUCGUUGACCGAAAAGUCUGGCCAGACCCAGCCGCAAGAGAAGGACGGGAACCUCUCCACUGAAUCUUCCCAGAAGGACGUAGAAAUCCAACCGGACUCUGGGGCCGAGGACACAACAAAUUACCCGCGCGGAUUCAAACUCAUCACCCUCAUCAUCGCUUUGUGUUUGGCUGUUUUCCUCGUCGCUCUGGACCAGACGAUCAUUGCCACGGCGAUUCCCAAAAUCACGGAUCGGUUUAACAGUGUCAACGACAUUGGCUGGUACGGCAGUGCCUACUUCCUGACGAGUACCGCCCUGCAGCCCAGCUUCGGUCGCAUAUACAAGUUCUUUCAAAUCAAAUGGGUCUUCCUCUCGGCCAUUGGCGUUUUCGAGGUGGGAUCGUUGAUAUGUGCAGUCGCCCCUUCAAGUACGGCUUUGAUUGUCGGGAGAGCCGUCGCUGGCAUUGGGGUUGGUGGUAUCUUUUCUGGGGCCUUGGUCAUUAUCGCUCACUCAGUCCCUCUGAUACGCAGACCUUUGGUAUUUGGCAUGUUCGGCGCAAUGUGGGGUCUCGCCAGUGUCGCCGGCCCGUUGUUGGGCGGCGUCUUUACUGACAAGGUUUCGUGGAGAUGGUGCUUCUACAUCAAUCUCCCGAUUGGUGCUGUUUCCAUCGCGGUCGUCCUUUUCGUCCUCCAUGUUCCUCAGGAUCCCAAGCUCUCUGAGAAGCCUAUCCUGAAACGGAUUCUCGAGUUAGACCUGAUCGGAGCUGCGAUUCUCAUCCCUGCCAUCAUCUGUCUGCUAUUGGCCGUCCAAUGGGGUGGCUCGACCUAUGCAUGGAGCAACUCUCGCAUCAUCGGCCUUUUCGUCGGUGCCGGACUCAUGCUGAUUUUGUUUGCCGUCUCGCAGUGGUAUCUGGGCGAGGCGGGCACUAUCCCUCCCCGGCUAUUGAAACAGCGUACCUUGAUGGCCGCAUGUGCGUUUGUGUUCUUCUUCGGCGCCGGCAUCUUUAUCCUGAUAUACUACCUGCCUCUCUACCUCCAGAGUGUCAAGGGGUCUUCACCCACCAAGUCUGGAAUCCAAAUCUUGCCCCUCAUGCUGUCGACGGUCCUCACUUCGAUCCUCGGCGGCAUCAUGGUCACGAUUCUCGGUUAUUACACCCCAAUCCUGAUCGCCGCCAGCGCACUCAUGACGGUGGGAUACGGUCUGAUCUCCACCUUCACCAUCGACUCGCCUUUCCGCGAGUGGUUUGGGUACCAGAUUUGUGCUGGCCUCGGUGCUGGAUUUGGCUUCAAUCUCCCUCUCGUCGCCGUGCAGACCGCCCUGCCGAUGGAGGAUAUCCCUCAGGGCACCGUGCUGCUCAUGUUCUGUCAGUCGCUCGGUGGCGCUCUCUUUAUCGCCGUAGGCCAGUCGGUCUUCUCCAACGGUCUUGUCGAAGGCGUCGCGAAGUACGCUCCAGACCUCGAUCCGCAGCUGCUUAUCAACACCGGAGCUACGGCGAUCCGGAGUGUGCUGGCCCAGAUGGGAAUGGAGGAUGAACUCCGCCAGGCCAUCGAAGCGUACGUGUACGCUUUGAAAGAUUGUUACCGCGUGACCAUCGCCGUGUCGGGCGUGUCAUUCAUUGCAGCGUGUUUCUUAGAGUGGAAGAGUGUGAAGAAGGAGAAACGCCCUGGUGCCGAGGCCGUGCCCGCUAUGGGAUGA